CAGAGCAGUAGAGCGAGCGGAGUCAGGAAACCAAAAUAAACCUCGAAAAAAAAAAAAAAUCCCCACCUGUCCUCGCCCCGGGCCGGCCACCGCGAUUCUGAUUCACGCCGCCGUCCGCCGGAGAUCAGACGGUGGCCCGUGCUCCGACCACUGCUGUGUCGCUGCCGUAGGUUUCUUCUUUCCCUAGCUUCUCCGGGGGGGGGGGGGAAGAGGAGCGGGGUGGAGGCCGAGUCAGACUCGCCGUCGCCGGCGCCAUGGAGGCGUACAAGAUAUGGGUGCGGAAGAACAGGGACCUCGUCCGCUCCCUCGAGUCCCUCGCCAACGGCGUGACAUGGAUACUUCCUGAGCGCUUCGCCAACUCCGAGAUCGCGCCGGAAGCAGUUUAUGCACUUCUGGGCAUUGUGAGUUCUGUCAACCAACAUAUAAUUGAGACGCCAACCGAUGUUCUGACCUCCAAGGAGCAAUCUAUCCCUUGGGCUCUUGUUGUAUCCAUACUAAAGGAUGUGGAAGCGGUUGUUGAGGUUGCCGCUCAGCAUUUUGUUGGAGAUGAUCACAAAUGGGGCUUCCUUGCUGUUACAGAAGCGGUGAAAGCAUGUGUCAGGUUAGCCGCUUUCAGAGAGAGUGGCUACAGGAUGCUCUUACAAGGAGGAGAGGUGGAAAAUGAAGAAGAGGAUCAUGUUCUUGCCGACAAUCAUGGAGUCAAAAGUAACGGAGUGCCAGUUAUCUAUCCGAUGAAUGGACAUUCCCAAAAUGAUAAUGGGAUUGCGUCUAAUGGUGUGGACGGAAAAGUUGGAUUUGUAUCUAAGAGUCUGGAGGGAAGAGCAGUAGCUGCUUUGAGCAAGUUUGGCCAGAAUGCAAAGAUGAUGUCAGAUCCCAUGUGGUUGAGCAAGCUCCAACCUACUCCUGUUCCUCCUGUGAUGGAGGUUGAGAAGCCAACUUUGGCAACUAUUUGGUCUUCUAGAGGGGUUCCUGGGCGCUUAUUUAUGUUAGGGGAGGCCGUCCACAUAUUCAGACCACUUGUAUACGUACUUUUGAUCAGAAAGUUUGGAAUCAGAUCUUGGUCCCCGUGGUUAGUGUCAUUAGCUGUGGAGCUCACAAGCCUUGGCAUUCAUUCGCAUGCAACAGACCUAAAUCAAAGAGCUGGGAAAGUUCAUCAGCUGUCAUCUGUUGAGAGGGACGAGUUGAAAAGGCGAAAGAUGAUGUGGGCCCUUUAUGUCAUGAGAGAUCCAUUCUUCUCCAACUACACCAAGCGUCAUCUGGAGAAGGCUGAGAAAGUUCUGAAUCCAGUGCCGCUUAUUGGUUUCGUUACAGGUAAACUUGUGGAGCUACUGGAGGGGGCUCAGUCACGGUAUACCUACACAUCAGGCUCAUAAAGGAUACCCGCCUUCUUCACCUGAGAGCUUCCUUGCUGAUUUGCCAUGGUGGACGUACCUUUGUUGGCUGCUGGGUUUUGUUUUAGUAGAUGAGGAUACGUGAGCCCGCCCAACCCUUUCGGUGCAGUGCCAUUUCCUAGCCAGAUUUGGCAUUGCUUGCUCUCAAGACAUAGGCUGCUAAGUCGCAGCCACAUAACCUCCUCUCCUCUGAUGCCAGCUGAGAAUGUGAUUAUAUAGUAUGUUGUGUAAUGUUACGAAUAGGCAUGCAGUGAUACCGUGAUCUAAACCCUAAAAAGGGGAAAACAAUAAUAAAUUCCUUCUUGAAACUGUGAAGUUUGUGAAACCAACUGACUAUUUUCUCCC